AUGAUUGAGACCAGUUCAGCUGCAGACAGAGACCCUCAGAGGUGAGAAAUGCUUAGAUUCACGUUUUCUUCUUUUUUUAUAUAUCAAUAAAGUCACCAGUUCUGUUGUUUCAUACGUCUUGGUUUUAUGACUCAAAUAUUGAGGAUUAAAGUCGAUGUUUGUUUACUUUGUCAAGGACUGAAGCAUCACUGGAGGACAACAUUCAGAUCAGAAAUCGAUCAUCUCCUGUGAAGAACCCAGAAAGUGUUGAUGUGAGUCCAUCACCUGUAACUCCCAGGAGACUGUGGGAAUAA